GCGCCUGUGGUCCAGGAUGGCCUGGCGGCGGGUCCCAGUCUGCGGUCUGGUGCUGUGGGUGGCGGGCGAUGGUUGGUUGGACUGAGACGGGCCCGGCCGGGUUGCGGAGCUGGAGGGGGUGGCAGUGAGCGGCGGCGGAGGCUGUGGGGUUCCAUUUGGCUGACUGGGGAGUCGGCAGGCGGCAGGUAAGAGCGGAGCCGCGGCCUUUGCUCCCAGUGCUGCCCUUUUUUCUAGGGUCGGGCCCUGUUCGGGGCCUUUUCGUGAGCCCGGGUUCCUGUUCUCUUCUUGCCCCGCCCUGCACGGCAGUGCCCUGCACAAGUCUUGGGGAGUGCCCCUUCGGGCAGCGUAACGCGCGGAGCUGGAAGGAGGUCAGCCAACCCAACUUGCCCAUUUUACAGAUUUGGAAACUCACAUCCAGAGACAGGAUUUGACUUGUCCAGUGGCUCAAAGAUAGUUCAAGGUAGAGCCCAAACGGGAACCCAAGUUUUUUUUUUGUUUUGUUUUGUUUUUUACUUCCAGUCCAUCGCACUUUGACUACGCCACCCCAUUCAGGAAUAAAGCCUGUUCCCGGUUUUUAUUGACUGCAGCUUCAGAUCUUGCAGUCGGAUCCUCUCAAAAGGAUCUCAGGUCGUGUGGGCCCAUCCUUAACUUUUUCUCUUUCAAACAUGUUAGUCCGGAAGGGAAGUCUGCACGAGUAGAAUGCUGCUCUUACUGAUGACUGACAACUACUGCUUAACACAGCAAACAUCCUGAGAGCAGCAUCUUUGUCCAGAUGAGAUUUGCUAUGACUUUCAUCUCAGUUUCCCUUGCCUUCUGGUGGCUUUGGAAUAUGUCCCUCCCUGUGCAAACCCUCUAGCCCCCACCAAUCCAGUUUCCCCUUGGAAAACAGAUGGUGACUUAGAGCCUUGGAAAGAGGGGAGUGCUGUGGCCAUCAAUCCCCUCUAAUCUGGUGGCAGACGGCACUAUGGCCUGUGGUUGCUGCUGAGGGAUCAGAGUACUAAAGGCUUGUGCUUGGGGUGAUAGUGAAGCUCUGCUUUGCUCUGUUUCCUUCCGUGUUCACUCUGAUUCUCCACCCCCCACCACAACACACACACACAAUUUUUUUCAAUUCUGGUUUAGCUCAAUUUCCUGAGAAAUGAGGAACUUCGUAUGUUCAAGUGUGGUCCCAUGGACCACAGUAUCUCUUCCCUGGCAUCCCCAUACCCUCUAAACCCCACUAGCUAAAAUGAGUUGGGAGGGAGUUGGCUUCAAACUCUUCACUCAAAUCUGAUCUGCAUCUACAAGCUUUCAGUUUACAUGUUUGGGUUGAUUUCUGGCUGGACAUAUUUUCUAAAAUCCUUUCUAGCUCUUAAGUGCUAUGAUUCUAACAAUGGUUUCUAUUUCUUUUUACUGACCGUGAAGAAUGAUAGCAUCAGAUACUUUUUUAGUGUUACCACAUUGGCAGGAGUGCACUUGCUAUUAUUUGUAGCACAGAUAGACGUCUGACCAGCCUCACCACUUCUGCAUCCUCCAUUCUUUCAACAAGCAAUUAUUGAGCCCUUCUAUGAGCCAGUUUAUUGUGCUAGGCAUUUUGUAAACUAUUCAUUUAUACCUUAACCAAUUGUAUAUAUAGAACAAUAAAGGGUUAGAGCUGGAAAGGACCUUAGCAUUUAACCCUACCCUGUCACUGAAUGAGGACACAAGGAGAUUGAGUUCCAGCAGGGUUGGGUGAUUUGCCCAAGGUCACAGAGCUACUUAAGGGCAGUAUGGAGCCCUAAGUAGUCAAGUUAUGGGGUAGAUGAGAGUAAGUCUAGUCCUUGAGGCAGGCAUUUCCUAUAGAGCUCAGGAAUACCAGAGGUGGUUGAGGACAGUCUGAAAGGUGGAGAAUCGGAAAAGGAAUGUUUCUGGGUUUUUUGUAGACAGGAGAGAUGGCAUAUAAUUUGUGUUCAUUAACAGGUGGGGAAGGCAUCUUAUUUGCAAGCUGUUGCUGUAAAGAGUAUUUUAGCAAAUAGGAAACUCUCCAUUAGCCACAGUAAGGGAAUGAACAGUGAUGUGGACAAUCUGAGUCACUUGGAUUUGUUGUGGGGUAAAAUGUUCCUGUCUUACAUUUGACUACAGCCAUGCACUAUUUUGAAAAUUCAUGCUUCAAGCCAAAUCAUGGUUCCAAGCAACAGGACUCCAACUCAAGAGGAAGUAGGAAGGAUCACUUUUUCCUUUCUUUCGUUUCAACACUGCUUCUUAAAUCUCUUAGCUCCUAGGAGUGAUGGGAAUGGCCAGUUUCUUUAUUCUGAUGCACCGUAGGUCCUUACUGAAUUGUCUUUCUUCUCUUUGCUGGUCUUGUCUCCCGGAUUCCUUUUUGCCUUAGGUCAUUACAGGACUUGUGGAAGGAGGUAAUGAAGUGGUUUUUUUUUGUUGUUGUUGUUUUGAAAGGCCUCUAGUGAUUAGCCAGUGUGCAAGGAGAGUACCUUGCUCCAGUUACUGAACUGAAACCAACACUCCAGUGGAGCAGCCUCCUCCAGUUUCUGUUGGGUUUUGAGCUGCCUGUUAAAUAAGUCAGUGGAGUUGCUGAGGACAGAGUAGCCCUAGGGGAAAAUCAGAUAAUUUCUUUUCUGGUAAGGGCUUUAAGCUGCAGAAUUGAGGAGACUAACGUUGAAGGAGCCCAUGACUUCUGUGCUGGAUGUUGCCUGGGCAGCUGACCUGCCAUGGCUAUUGAGUGAAGUAGAAAUCACAUAGAGGAGAUGAAGGUACUUGCAGGGUGGGAAGGCUGGUUGGGAAGCUUGGGGCCAAGGGCAGCAGCUGCAGAGAAGACUCAUGAGUGUCCAGCUAGAACUGGGCAGGGGAGAUUCAUCACAGAGGAUAGGCUCUGUGCUCUUCAUGAACCACAGCAUGAAGGCCCCUCUCCCACUGCCAGGGUCUCCUGCCGGUGGUGUUAUUCUGCUGUGAACAACUGAAAUUGUCUUGACUUUUGUAUCCUUGGGGUGGGGCUGGGACUGGAAUUGGAGACAAAGCAUCUUAUGUCAUGCAGGAUAGCUGAGGUGUCCUGACAGAAGGCAGGGACUCUCAUGCUACCAGGUUGGGUCUGGUGGCCUGUAACAUCAGCUCAGAGAAAGUAGGAAAGAUGAAUAUCUUUUGCAGAGAUUCAGCACCAGGGCAGAUCUAGAUGUAGGAUCCACAUGCUACGCACUUACUCCCCCACUGGCCAUUCCUUGGUGAAGAACAAUUGUCAGGAAGUAGGUCGAUGGGGUGCAGCAGGCAGGAUACCCCUGGAGUCCUCUGCUAUGAUGGCCAUGUCCACAGAGGCUUGGCGGCAGCUUUGUGCACAUCAGCUGUGCUCCACCCAGGGGUCUGUCUACACAGGCAACUCUAGAGACCCUGCCUUGGCUUGGAGCAGCCUGCCUCUCCCUCAGCCCUUUACUGUGGCCCUUCGCUCUAGGCGUGCCUUAUCUUGGAUUUGCAGUGCACCCAAGUAGUGUGAUGUAAGUAGGGUUUCUGCAGGCUCAGAGCCUCCGGCCCCUACCCCGUGUGAUCUGGUUGGGACACCGGCACCAGCCAUUCCGCAGAGAAGUGAAGUGACCUCCCUACUUCCCACAGCUGGUGGCUGGCCCAGGAGCCAUGCGGGGCCCGCGGAACCUGCUGCUGGGGCCCGCCCGCCUCUGCCUGCGCCUGCUUCUGCUCCUGGGCUCCAGGCGCCGCCGCCCGCCUCUGCUUCGGGGCCUGGUACAGCGCUGGCGCUACAGCAAGGUCUGCCUGCGCUCCCUGCUCUACAACUCCUUUGGGGGCAGUGACACCGCUGUCGAUGCUGCCUUUGAGCCUAUCUACUGGCUGGUGGACAACGUGAUCCGCUGGUGUGGGGUGGUGUUCGUGGUGCUGGUGAUUGUGCUGACCAGCUCCAUCGUGGCCAUCGCCUACCUGUGUGUCCUGCCUCUCAUCCUCCGAACGUACUCAGUGCCACGGCUUUGCUGGCACUUCUUCUACAGCCACUGGAAUCUGAUCCUUAUCGUCUUCCAUUACUACCAGGCCAUCACCACUCCACCUGGAUACCCACCCCAGGGCAGGAAUGAUAUCGCAACAGUCUCCAUCUGUAAGAAGUGCAUUUACCCCAAGCCAGCCCGAACACACCACUGCAGCAUCUGCAAUAGGUGUGUGCUGAAGAUGGAUCAUCACUGCCCCUGGCUAAACAACUGUGUGGGCCACUAUAACCAUCGGUACUUCUUCUCUUUCUGCUUUUUCAUGACUUUGGGCUGUGUCUACUGCAGCUACGGAAGUUGGGACCUUUUCCGGGAAGCUUAUGCUGCCAUCGAGAAAAUGAAACAGCUCGACAAGAACAAACUACAGGCGGUUGCCAACCAGACUUAUCACCAGACCCCACCACCCACCUUCUCCUUCCGAGAAAGGGUGACUCACAAGAGUCUUGUCUACCUCUGGUUCCUGUGCAGUUCCGUAGCACUUGCCUUGGGUGCCCUAACUGUAUGGCAUGCUGUUCUCAUCAGUCGAGGUGAGACUAGUAUCGAAAGGCACAUCAACAAGAAGGAGAGACGUCGGCUGCAGGCCAAGGGCAGAGUUUUUAGGAAUCAUUACAACUACGGCUGCUUGGACAACUGGAAGGUAUUCCUGGGUGUGGACACAGGAAGGCACUGGCUUACUCGGGUGCUGUUACCUUCCAGUCAUCUGCCCCAUGGGAAUGGAAUGAGCUGGGACCCCCCUCCCUGGGUGACUGCUCACUCAGCCUCUGUGAUGGCAGUGUGAGCUGGAUUGUGUCAGCCAUAGCUUGAGCACCACUCUGCUUCCUGCAUUGUCUCAAGGGCCUCCAAGGAUAGCUUCUUGGAAUCCUUGGGCAAAAAGAGUCAGUGGGCCUGCCUUCGAGUACCAUGCAGGGACAACUCAAGGACCAAUCUCCUGGCUACUGCAGAAACAAGGCAUGAUGUGGAAAAAUCCUAGGACUGACGGACCUUUACUCAGCUCAGGCAAACUGAAGUUCCAGCCCCACACUGGAGAUUAGGCAGCUAGCAACCUUGCCAGGUGCUGACCCCAACCUCCUCCAGGUUCCAGCACUGGGGUUGGCCACCACCUCUUCCACUUGCUAUCUGAGAAAACACCUGAACAGUAGAAUGGAGAUUCUGGCUUCUCAACAGGGCAAGACACCAGUCCUACUGCUGAGGUCACUGCCACUUCUCACAUGCUGCUGAAGGUGAAAAAUAAAGGUAUUUGAUUUUUAAAGAUA